CGUGCAGAAGAGUGACGAGAAAGAAAAGCCAAAUCAAAUUCAACCCAAAUCAUAACUAAUUUAUGGUCAUCAUCAUAUAUUAGUGAUCCCAAUAUAUUUCAGUUUUGAUAUAUCAUUAAAAAAAUGUAUAAAAUACUUUCACAGCAACCCAAAUCUCAAUAUCAAGAUGAUCCAUCAACGACAACUUCUAAUGUUCCUUCGGAGUUCCUCUCUCAGGCAGUGUUUGCAGGAGAGAGUUUCUGGGGUCUUGAAGCUGCAUAUGGACGUGUCGACGGAGUUGUCAAAACUGUUACAGGUUAUUGCGGAGGAACCCUCAGAAAACCUACAUACAGAGAGGUGCGUGAAGGAAGAACAGGGCACACUGAAGCAGUGAAAGUCACAUACGAUAAAAGGAAAACAUCUUACAGAUCUCUCUGUGACGCAUUCUGGGAAACCCAUGAUCCCACCAACAAGGACUUUCUUAAUUUUGGGAUAAGUACACAUCAGAGGUCAGUGAUCUUCUACAAGACAGAGGAGGAGAAGAGGCAUGCACAGGAGUCAAAGAUCAGACGGCAGAUGAAGCUGAACAGGAGGAUUGUGACGAAGAUCAUCCCAUCAGAAGGUGGUGAUUUAUUCUUCUUCGUUGCGGAGAAUCAACAUCAGAAGUACUAUUUGCAGAAGCAUUACAGGCUGUGUGAAAGUUUGGGCCUCAGAAGCACUGACCAAUUUUCGGAGUCAAAUAUUGCUUCCACACUUAAUGGGAUUUUGGCAAUGGAACAAGGGCUAAUUGCUGAUCAAUUAGCAACAUUCGUCAAAACGCAUGGGUUGUUGAACAAGACCAAAUUAGCAUGUGAAGAAAUAAUUGAAGAUUUAUUAAGAAGAAAUGAAGAAGAAAAAUUCAUUUGAAGAUCAUGUCCUGGAAUUUUGUUAGCAGAGACAUGUUUUUUUAUCGAGUAAAACUGUUGGAUCAUGAAUUUGAGUAAUUUUUUUUUUUAAAUCGCUAUCAAAAUUUAUGAUCUAAACAGUCUUAUAGAAUCCAGUUGUACGUUGGUAUGAUAUGGAUGAAGACAAGGCUACACUGCAUAGAAACAAAAUGAGAACAACAACUUAAAAGAAAAAAAAAAAAGGAAUAACAAAAAUCUCAUGAAAAAUACAUCCAACAGAUAUGAACACUAUUUGGUUGUGGACA